AUGUCGUUGGAUGCGAGCAGUCGACGUCUGAUGAAGGAGCUGCAACAACUCUCAACGGAACCGCCGACGGGUAUUGUGGUGAAUAAGGACGCGGCUAGCGCUGACCUCAAACAAUGGCGUGUGGACGUGAUAGGUGCUACGGGUACUUUGUACGAAGGCGAAGAAAUUCUCCCUUCAAUUCCGAUUUACACAGCAGUAUCCGUUUAA